AAAAAACCCUAAAAUAAGUCUUCAAAAGUCACAGCAAAAAGGAUGGGGAAUAAUCGACCGACGACGCGCAGCAAAAAUAAGCGGAGCAGAAAUGACGAUAAUGCUGAAGCCACAGCUGAAACUUUCAGGAGAAUUCUUUCUACAGGGCAAGUUACUGAAGAUGACAUAAACCAACUAUACAUGGUGUGGAAACCUAUCUGUCAAGGAUGUCGUGUGAAUACAAAGGAUAAUCCCAAUUGCUUUUGUGGAUUGAUCCCACCACCUAGUGGAAGUCGAAAAUCCGGGUUGUGGCAGAAGACAUCGGAGAUCGUCCAUUCUCUUGGUCCUGACCCAUCUAAGGACCUCCGUUUAUCCCCUGAUUCACCUGCUGGCCUCACAAAUCUGGGCGCAACCUGCUAUGCUAAUAGUAUACUCCAGUGCCUUUACAUGAAUAGGUCAUUUAGAGAAGGUGUUUUCUCUGUGGAACCAGAAGUUUUAAGACAACAACCUGUUUUAGAUCGGCUUGCACGACUUUUUGCACAGCUGCAUUCCAGUAAGAUGGCUUUUGUUGAUUCAGCUCCAUUUAUUCAGACACUGGAGCUAGAUAAUGGUGUUCAGCAAGACAGUCACGAGUUCCUUACCCUACUUUUUUCUCUCCUUGAGAGAUGUUUGAGCCAAUCUAAAGUUUUGAAGUCGAGAACAAUAGUUCAAGACCUUUUCCGAGGAGGUGUAUCACAUGUUACAACUUGCUCAAAAUGUGGGAAGGAAUCUGAAGCUUCAGCAAAAAUAGAGGACUUCUAUGAGUUGGAAUUGAAUGUGAAGGGAUUGAAGACUUUAGAUGAGAGUUUAGAUGAUUACCUUAGCAUUGAGGAGCUUCAAGGAGACAACCAAUACUACUGUUGUUCGUGUGCAACUCGGGUUAAUGCUACUCGUAGCAUUAAGCUUCGAUCACUGCCUGCUGUCCUGAAUUUCCAGCUCAAGCGUUGUGUUUUCCUCCCAAAUACUACAACGAAGAAAAAGAUUACAUCUGCAUUUUGUUUCCCUGGGCAAUUGAAUAUGGCAUGUAGGUUAUCUGAGGGUUCGCAAUCAGAAUUAUUGUAUGAUUUGUCAGCUGUAUUAAUCCACAAAGGUGCUGCUGUAAAUAGUGGUCAUUAUAUAGCCCACAUUAAGGAUGAGAGCACGGAGCAAUGGUGGGAAUUUGACGAUGAACUGGUCUCAAAUUUAGGUCAACAACCAUUUGGUGGAAAUUCUUCAAAUUCUGCCGCCAAGUCUUCACCAGCUGAGCCAGUUGAGUUUUCAUCUUAUGGAAAAACAGAUGUUAAGGAUGGACAUGAUACGGAUACAGCUCAGUCAAAUUCAGAUUCUAGUAGUAACAAUCAUGUAAAGUCUUUCUCAUCCUCUGAUGCAUAUAUGUUGAUGUAUGUCCGGAGGAGCUCAAAGAAUAGCAGUGAUUGGCAUGAUAACUCUGAUGGCCAAAAAUUGGAAACAGUUACUAACAUUUCUGCAGCACAACUCAACAGUCCUCUUCCCCCUCAUCUUUCCGAAGAGGUAGAACUAUUUAAUGCGGAAAAUGUUAAUUCCUGCAAAGAGUACAAAUUAAAGAAGGAAUGUGAGAUUAACCGCAUAACGGAGCGUCGACAGGAGGUGCGAUCAAUUCUUUCUGAAGCUGCUGCUCAAUCACUCGAUAAGCAAUACUUCUGGAUUUCUUCUGAAUGGCUUCGUCACUGGGCUGACAGCAUUGUCUCAUCUAGUAUUGACAAUACUCCUAUCCAAUGCGUGCAUGGAAAAGUUUCUGUUGCAAAAGUCAGCUCCAUGAAACGGUUGUCCGCUGAAGCGUGGACCAUGAUAUUCUCUAAGUAUAAUGGAGGUCCAACACUUUGCAAGGAUGACUGCUGCAAAGAUUGCCUCUUUGAAGUUGCUCGUACCAUGGCUAAUGCGGAUAACUAUAGAGAUCAAAGGAUGUUGAUGCGAGAUAUUGCUGAAGCAGCACUUUCUGGGGAAUGCCGGGAUGGAGAGCUAUACUUUGUAUCUAAAUCUUGGUUGCAUCAGUGGGUGCGCAGAAAAAUAAUUGACUCUCCUUGUGAAGGUGACGCAGGACCUACAGCUUCGAUCAGGUGUCCACAUGGUGGACUUUUGCCUGAACAAGCAACUGGUGCUAAGCGUGUGCUAGUUCCCGAGGCUCUUUGGCAAUUUUUACAUAAAAGUGCUAUGACAGUGAAGCCUGAUGAUGCUGAGGGUUGUUCAACUUUUUCUUCAGAUUCUGAGCCUUGUGCACAAUGUAGUAUUGAACUUACUGAAGUCGCUACUUUGGAGGAUAGCUUGAGGGAGUUUAAAUUCAGAGAACGGCAAUGUCACGAGAGAUUAGCCAUGAACAGGAGUAUUAGCAUUAAUCCAUGCAGUAGAUACUACUUAUUACCCUCUUCAUGGCUGUCUAAAUGGAGAAGUUACAUUAAUGCAACUGGAAAGAAUAAUGCUGCAACAGAACCUGAAACUUUGUGUAGCAUUAUUAAUUCACUGAUGUGUGAGAAGCACUCAAAACUUCUGGAAAGGCCUCCGGAUGUCAUUUAUAAGCGUGGAGUGAUUCUCCAAAAGGCUCCAUCUACAGAUGCACUUACAAUCAUUGCGGAAGACGAUUGGAAACAAUUCAGUGAAGAUUGGGGUGGAGUAGAGGCCAAAGGCAUUUUAGCUGAAAUAGCCUCUAAUAUAUGCUCGGAAGAGGAAUUAUUUGGAUCUUGUGAAGAAAUGCCAAUUUCUGAGGAUCAUAUCUACAUGAAUAAUGAAGCAAUUAAUGGCGAGUCCAGAAGGCCCAUCAUUAGGACCACUCCAGAGGUAUGUGAAGAAUGCAUUGGCGAAAGGGAAAGCUGUGAAUUGAUGCAAAAGCUAAACUAUUCCAAUGAGGAGAUAUGUGUUUGUUUUGUUCGGGGCAAGGAACCUCCAAAAUCAAUUUUAGAAGCAUCAGGGAAUGUUAUGGAUCCCAGUCGAAGAACCUCUAAGCGCUCCCGGAAGUCGACAUCUACAAACUCUAAGAAGUUGAGUGUUUCAGGGUCCACGACAGUCUACCAGCUAAAGAUGAUGAUAUGGGAAUCAUUUGGGAUAGUUAAAGAGAAUCAGAUACUUCAUAAAGGUUCCAGAACAAUUGAGGGGGAGUCUGCAUGUCUUGCUGACUUGAAUAUUUUUCCUGGAGACAUUCUGUGGGUAACAGAUUCGGAAAUCCAUGAGAAUCGUGAUAUUGCUGAUGAGCUUUCUGACGAGAAGAUGGACAUUGAAAAGCUUGAAGAAGGUUUCCGUGGAACACUUCUUGCAUCAAACAUCUCUCCACAGGUGGUCUCAGAAGGGUGCUUUAACUGAUGGUCACCACAUAAGAAGUGUGGCUUUAUUGAAUUUUGGAUUCAGGAGAGAUCUUAUUGGAGGUUCAGCAAGUCCUUUUGAGAUCUUCUGUACAAAGUGUACAUUUUGGUGCUGGUGACGUUGCAUUGUUCUACAAGAUCAGCUGCAGCACGUCAUGCUGUCAUCUUCUAUAGUUGCUUAUUCUGUUGUGUAUUAUACCUACUACCCAUUGGCAUCCUUAGCCGAAUUUUGUUCAUCUAGUGGUAAUGAAGGCUAGGCUCUGCUUUGGGACAGGUCUGUACAUUGUUACCCUUCUUGGCUUUAAUGAUCGAGAUCUUAUGUGCAUCACGAAUGCCUAUUAAGUAUGAUAUAUAUGAGAAGUGUGCAUCAUUUUGCUAGUUGCUGCAGUAGGUAACUCGCAGUUGUAAAUCAAAUAUAUAUACCAUACUUUUGCCUAGUUCUUAGUGCAAUGAAACUCUUUGAAAGAUGUGAAUC